AUGUUAACAGUUUCUGCCGUGCUCGCACCAUUCAUAUUAAUUGGAAACUUGUUUGUCGUGAUGGCCGUUUACAAGAACUACAAUCUCCGAACUCCGACAAACUUCAUAUUGUCAAGUCUGGCAGUGAAUGAUAUGGUUACAAGCGUGGCAGUUGCGCUGGAUUCAUACCCAAUGGCUUUCGGGAUGUAUCCGUGGUUUCCUUCUACGGCGCAAUUGCUACGGAUACCGCUGUUCAUGUUAUCUGGAAGUACAAUGCUCCACAUUGUCGCGUUGACGGUAGAUCGGUAUAUCGCCGUAACAAAACCGCUUCAAUACCCCACGUUGGUGACCAAUAAACGCGCGGGCUACGUCGUAGCAUCCAUUUGGACAAUCUGCUUGAGUGAUGCCGCAAUCUGCAGUUACAUAGAAGUCUGUGGAAUUCCGAAAGCUGUCGGCGGUGCAAGAGCGCAGCGUCAUAACCUUGGGUUCGUAAUCCACACGUGGUUCAUCGUCACUUUCCUGAUCAUUACGCUGCUGCUGUUGGUCACUUCAAAUCUCCUCAUAAUGCGCAUUGCUGUCAAGCAAGCAAGAGCGAUAGAAAAUGAAUUAAGAAGCGGUCAGAACAACCGCGUUGAACGGGAAGAGAUCGGGCGCAGGCUCAAAGCGGCCAAGACAACCGGGAUCAUAGUCGCUGUCCUUGUAUUCCUUUGGUAUCCGUAUAUCCUAUUUUUCAGUCUACAAGUAACAGCGUUAGCAGAUGAUGAUUUCAUGGUGUAUCUGAAUCUCGUUUUCCUGUUUGAAGUGGCUGUCGCUGCUGCACUCAAUCCCUUUAUAUACCAUCAUAGAGACAAAGAGUUUCGCCAAGCCUUCCUCAAAAUAUUUCGGGAUGCAUCUAACAAGUUUGUUCGCUAA